AUGGACCGGUGGGGUCCCCACCGUGGAGGCUCCCUUACCCCAGCUGGGAAGUGUGGAACUGCUGAAAACAGUGAGUACCUAACUUAUGGCAUACCUAAAAUGGCGGAUGCCACAUUCCCUUCGCUCAACGUUGACAGAGUGCUGUCCAAGCUAAAUAAAACCUUCCAGCACUUCUGGAGAAAACUGUCUCUCCAGCUACAUAAGCCUGCCCUGCAAACAUCACAAGAACACUUACCCGAGAGUCCUCCCCGACGGCUUCGGACUCAAUCUGUGGUGCUGGGCGCUGGGAGAAACCACAAGAGGCAGACAAGACUGCGUAGGCAGCUUCUGAGGAACGUGGUGAACAGGCCUGCAUCGGAGCUAAGCAAUUUCAUUACCAGCAGUGCGAGACAUAAGCGGGAAACAGCAGUGAGAAGAGUGCAGCAGAAGCAGGAGGAGGUAAACUAUUACAUGGGCACCGUAUUGAAAACAGCUCAGCCUCUAAGCUUGACGACUCACCCCAUCUCCUGGAUCAGCAUCCUGCCUAUGGAGGGCAUCGGCUGA